AUGGAGGGAAUUACAAGUUUCGAAAAUCUUCCUGAAGAACUAAAAAGGGAGAUUCUGUUACGGAUGUCUCCCAAUUCCCUUGUGACAUGUAGCCGCGUCUCGAAGAAAUUGGCAUCUAUGAUCCGUACGAAAAGCUUCAAAGAACUCUACUUGAGCCGAUCGAUGAGAUGCCCCCGAGUGUUGUUCGCCGCCAAUGGUACAAUAACACCUCAUGUGUUGUUUACCUCGUUUCAAGAAAAGGAGAAACCACUCUUGUCUUCUGGAGAACAACGGAUCAUCACCUCUCUUCAAGGAGAAUUUCUGUUUUCUCCACCCGUCCGUGGGUUGAUCUGCCUUGUAGAACGAGAAUCAGCUCGAAUUGUGAUAUGCAAUCCCGGUACGACAAAAUUUCUGGCUUUACCAAUCGUCGAAGCAGAUGAAACAACGAGGAUCAUAACUCAUUUAGGAUACGAUGAACAGAAGGAUGUAUUCAAGGUGUUAUGUACAAGGACAAAGCCCGAAACUCCACAUCUUGUUUUGACGGUGGGAUCGGGUAAAGAACCUUGGCGAGAGAUAGUAUGCAAAUUUCCGCACACAGUAAUUGGUGCUGGAGUAUUUUACAGAGGAACUUUAUACUAUCUUGCUGCUUUUCACUCGAAAAGUAUCAUAAUGACCUUCGACGUCAGGUCUGAAACUUUUAUGCCCAUUACAUCACCUGAUGGAGUCGAUUUGAAUCAAGGUUCCUGGAGACUUGUCAAUUACAGUCAACAGGGGGGAUUUGCGUUAGUGAAUGAAUCAAGAGGUUUCAUUUACCAAUCGAAUGGCGGCGAUGCUUAUCUUGAAACGUGGGUUUGGAAUGUCGAUACAAGAAAAUGGUCGAUGAACUCCAUCCUGAUUCGUAAAUGGAAAGAUUAUGCUCAAGACAAUGAAGAUUAUGACUACCGUUUCCGAGGAACCCAAGGAACAUACGAACUUGUUUUUGCACCAAUCAGGGUUAAAGAAGACGGAUCACUCACUGUCAUCUUAUACAAUACUGAUACACAAGCAUUCAGAAGAUCUAAGGUUCAAAUGAUGGGUGAAGGUCAUGAGUUUCGAUUUGUGGACACCUUCUUGGAUCAUGUUGAUAGUACUCUGCUUAUAUGAAGAUCAAGAGUUGGUCUGUAUUCAUUAAACUGGUUGGUUGCUCAAGCUAAAUAUUCUCUUUAAGUACUAGUACUAUGCUUAUUUAGUGGGAUUGUUCUUUCGUAUUCGCUUCUAUUGUCCUUGUUAAUCUUUAUUUAUGA